AUGACCCGUGCUCUCAACGCCAAAAACAAAUUAGUUUUUGUUGAUGACACUCUCCCUCCACCCGACCCUACUUCUACAGAUUACAAACAAUGGAAUCAAACUAAAGAUAUGGUUCUCACCUGGCUUCUCAACUCCAUCAGUCCCUCCUUAGCUAACUCCCUUGAAUUUCACAUUGACCCUCGAGAAGUCUGGCUUGAUCUUCAGUCCCGUUUUUGCCAUGGCAAUAAUGCCAGGAUUUAUCACCUCAAGCGUGAGUUAUCAUCUCUGCAGCAACACACCCAGUCGAUUCAUGACUAUUACAAUCAAAUCAGGCAAAUAUGGGAUGAACUCAGCCAUUUACAAAAAACCAACGAUCUGAAAGAAUUACAGCAACAAUCUGAAGAUGAGAGAGUUUACCAAUUUUUACUCGGCCUAAAUGAUUCUUUUUCCCAACUCCGAACACAAAUCCUUGCCAUGAAAACCCUUCCCCCCAUCACCAAAAUUUUUUCUAUUCUUUUUCAGGAAGAGCAGCAGCGUCUCCUUCAUGUCCGACCGACAAUGGCGUCGGAAGCAACCCAUGCCUUCGCCGCUCACUCUGGUGGUCCUCCAAAGAAGCCCCUGCUCUGCACCGAAUGCGGCAAGCACGGCCACACCCGUGACCGAUGUUGGCGGAUCAUUGGGUAUCCCACAAGUCGUGAGUCCCGCGGCAAACAGCCAUCUUCCAUCCUCGGCAAACCCCCUUCCUCGUCGCCCAUGGUCCACCAAGUUUCUUCCUCAUCUCCGAUUCCCGGUUUAACACCCGAUCUGUACCAGAGGUUACUCGAUUUGCUCAAGCCGCCCACUCCCACCGCAAACUUCGUCGGUAACGUCUCCUCCUCUUUCUCUUUUGAUAGCUACCGUGACUAG